AUGACUGAGUUGGAGAUUUUGGAGGAGCCUUCUCUUUGUUUUAGUUUCCUUAAUACUUCAUGUUUGAAAACUGAUUAUCACCUGGAAGUCCGGGUUUUGCUUUAUAUUCUCUUUAUCACUUUUUCUGUUAUUACUGUAAUUGGAAACUUGCUUGUUAUCAUAACUGUUGUACAUUUCAGCCAAUUACACACUCCAACUAAUUACCUCAUUCUCUCUCUGGCUGUUGCUGAUCUGCUUGUAGGAGGAGUAGUGAUGCCUCCUAGCAUGAUGCGCUCCGUGGAAACUUGCUGGUAUUUAGGGAGCACCUUUUGUAAAAUACACAGCAGUUUAGAUGUAACUGUGUGCAGUGCAUCUAUUAUAAACUUGUGUAUUAUUUCUUUAGACCGAUAUUAUGCUGUUUGUCAUCCAUUUUUGUAUCACAUUAAAAUGACUCCUACUACCAUUAGAUUAAUGAUUAUUGUCUGCUGGAGCAUUUCUGCAGCAACUGGGUUUGGUAUGAUAUUUUUGGAGCUUAAUAUUCUUGGAAGUGAAGAAUUUUAUUAUAAUACCUUCCUUUGUGAGGGUGCAUGCACAAUCUUUCAAACUAAAGUGGCAGCCAUUGUGCUGCCUAUGUUCACUUUUUACAUUCCUGCCUUGAUUAUGCUGUUUGUGUAUGUGAAAAUCUUUUAUACUGCAAAAAGACAAGCUCGUGCAAUCCAGUCCACAAAUUCACAGAUGAAGACAACUAAGGAAAAAGUUGGCAUUAGCAAGUCCGAAAGGAAGGCUACAAAAACAUUAGCUAUAAUCAUAGGAGUUUUCCUAACUUCCUGGGUGCCAUAUUUUACCUGUACUUGCAUAGAGCAAUUUACAGGAUAUGCUGUUCAUCCAACUGUGUAUGAUGUAUUAAUCUGGGUGGCAUAUUUCAAUUCAACAUGUAAUCCAAUAGUGUAUGCAUUUUUCUUUAGCUGGUUCAGACACGCUCUUAGAGUAAUUUUGUCUGGUGAAAUAUUUCUGGCUGAUUCUUCACACACCAACCUGUUUUAA